AUGCAUAUCAGCCUUGACAACAUUAGCUUCUACUCUCGCCCUCCUACAAAGUCCUCCUCGCCUGCGUUCCCUGCUUCCUGUUGGAGGGCCUAUAAUGCCUCUGUCACUCCUCAAACCCUUCCCCGUGCCCUCCCGCCGAGACCGUAUCUUCAGGGAACGACCUUCAGCUCAGCAUCUGGUGCCAGCACUGAUGUCUCUCUGCAAUCCCGAGAUGCCGUGAAGGAAAAUUUGGAUUCACGUGCAGGCAGUGAAUUUGAUAUCGAAAUAGAGAGAGCUAUGACGCAAAACAGCCAGGAAACGCACGAGACAGACUUGGAUCUGCACCUCGACCCAGGGCUCCGAAACGAAUGUCACACAGACGUGCCUGAAAGCGAUCACACAUACGUAAUAACUGGUAUGUCGGAAUCAUUGCUGAACCGCGAUAAGCGAGCGUAG